GUGGUACGCUCCGCCGCGGUGCGUAGGCGGCGGAGCCCUACAUAAGCUCCGACGCAGGAGGCGGGGCUGCUCAGUCCGCGAGGCGUCGGUGCUGUGCGGCGGUGGAAUCGCGUUGCUUGUCGGCCUGUGUGCGCGUGCGCGGACAUGGCCUCAAACGACUAUACCCAACAAGCAACCCAAAGCUAUGGGGCCUACCCCACCCAGCCUGGGCAGGGCUACUCCCAGCAGAGCAGUCAGCCCUAUGGACAGCAGAGUUACAGUGGUUAUGGCCAGUCAGACACUUCAGGCUAUGGCCAGAGCAGCUACGGUUCUUCUUACGGACAGACACAGAACACAGGCUAUGGCACUCAGUCAGCUCCCCAGGGUUAUGGCUCCACUAGUGGCUAUGGCAGUAGCCAGAGUUCCCAGUCAUCGUAUGGGCAGCAGUCCUCUUAUCCUGGCUAUGGUCAGCAGCCAGCUCCCAGCAGCACCUCGGGAAGUUAUGGUAGCAGUUCUCAAAGCAGCAGCUAUGGGCAGCCCCAGAGUGGCAGCUAUGGCCAACAGUCUGGCUAUGGUGGACAGCAACAGAGCUACGGACAGCAGCAAAGCUCCUAUAAUCCCCCUCAGGGCUAUGGACAGCAGAACCAGUACAACAGUAGCAGUGGAGGUGGUGGAGGGGGCGGUGGAGGCAGUUAUGGCCAAGAUCAGUCCUCCAUGAGUGGCGGCGGCGGCGGUGGCUAUGGCAAUCAGGACCAGAGUGGUGGUGGCGGUGGCGGCUACGGGGGAGGCCAGCAGGACCGUGGGGGCCGAGGCAGGGGUGGUGGCGGUGGUUACAACCGCAGCAGUGGUGGCUAUGAACCCAGAGGUCGUGGAGGUGGCCGUGGAGGCAGAGGCGGCAUGGGCGGAAGUGACCGAGGUGGCUUCAAUAAAUUUGGUGGUAAGUGAACAGAGUUUCCAAAAUUCCCAACUCCCAGCAAUGCUUUGUCUGAUUGUUCAUUUGCAGAUGUCUUAGCGUGUUAAGUGUCACAGGUUUUGAAGUGUCCAUAACCACCUCUGGAAAGGGGUGGGGGAGGAUGCCACCUGCUGCCAGAUGUGUGCUAACCUGGAGGCAGGCAGGUUAAGACUUGGGAGUCAUCUGUACCAAAUUGGUUUGACUUGUUGCAUAGAGGCAUCUAGUAGACCUCUUGACGGGUGUUGCCACACGUGGCACAUAGUACCAUCAUGAGAAACUGGAGUGUGUGCUGGGACACGUACCAACUUGGCUUUUUAGGAUCCUUUUGAUCAUUUAUGUCCAAGGCUAGUGUGUGUAUGUGUAUUAACAAUCUUCAAAUGUUUGAAUUCUGGGAGAAGGACAUGAAAUAAUGCCUUAUCCUGAGGAUGGUGAAGUUGGUAUAUAUUUUUAUGUUAAGUACUGAGUGGCGUCAAUGCAAUUCUAUUUCUGUUCUUAACUUGGGCAAAUAGAAACUAGCUCUGGAAAGGAAGGUGUGGACUACUUCAAGAAAGGUUGAGAGCAUGUGUGGCUCAUGGGAAAUAACCAGGUC